AUGGCAACUUAUAGUCUUUGUGUUAAGGUUUUAAUUGUACUGGUUACGUUGACAAGUGUCUUUGGUAGACUUUCAAAUGAAGAUCGACUUAGCAAACUUGAAGCUCAGCUGGAGAAGGUUACUGCAGAGCUGAAUGAGAUCAAGGCGCAAUGUCCAUGUUCUCAGGGAGACAACUCGUCUCACACAGAUGUAGGAAGGUUUCGUGAGACAAGAGCCACUACUCCUUUCGUGGCAUUCGCAGCAACUAUUUACAGUGACAUGACGCCAAUAGCUUCCAACGAAGUCAUCAUCUUCGACAAUGUCAUCACAAAAGUAGGCGGAGGAUACGACCCGUUCAUUGGCCGUUUCAUGGCUCCAGUGGCUGGAUACUAUCAUUUCGUCGUCACUAUUAUGUCUUAUCAAACACACUACAUUGAAAUUGAGCUUGUUCGUGACGGUACAUUGCUCUGUCGGGCCCGGGCGUCCCAGACAUACAACGCUAUGGGAACCUGUGCUUCCAAUGUGCACUUAAACAUCGGUAGUGAUGUAUGGGUUCGCCAUAGAUCGUCAAGUGGUGACUAUAUCCGCGGGCAGUACUUCCCAUCAUUCACUGGCCACCUUAUUAAAGCUGAUUAGAACUCAAA